AUGGCAGAGACCUCGCUCCAUGCGGCACUGGCAGCCUGGGAACAACGUGCACCCCGAGCUCGGCAGCUGGCCGCCGGGGCACACCAGGCCCGCAGCGCGGCCCUCCACCGUGCUGCCGAGGUGAACUCGAACCUCGGCGCUUCUUCAAUGAUCCGCGCCUUCGGCCCUGAGAACUGUGUUUCCACGUGGCGGGACGCGACGUCCGGGACAUGUUUCUUGAAGACGGAGUGUGAAGGUGUGCAGCACUUCGAUUUCUUUGACAUGGGCUUUCUCUGCGAGAAUGCUGAUAAGGCGCCAGUGGAACAUCGUUUUGGCACCAUGUCGUUUGCCAGAGUCGAGGUCCAGGACACAGACGUGGCAUGCGAACGCUGCAUGCCCGCGCAGGACAAGCCUCAGACUGCAGAGAGCCUCUCGCAGGAGAUGCGGGCUAUGAAGCAGUCUUUGUCAAAGGCUUCAGAUACGUUUUUGAGCCUGAAGGCCAAGGCAUCCGAGCUCCUUCGCUGA